UUCAGUUAAUACUCUACUCACCUCAUCAACUCCACACAAAACCCAUCCACUUGCAUCGAAUGGGCAUCAUCUUCUCGUAACAAGUAAACAGCCCUGACAUUUCCAAUAUACUUCCCAUGGCAGAAUAUCUUUAAUCCGAUCAGGAAUUCAAAUUGAGUUGGCCUGACACUGCUUUCAGCUUUACAAUUCUACGACCAGUCAAGACCGACACAUUCGGAAAGGUAAGAAUGCACUCUCCUAACGGCCGGCCUAGGAUAAAUAAAUGUCAAUAUCGGCCACACUUAUCUUCCUGACCCGUUUCCACCACGUGUACGUUUCUCACACAGGGUUGGAAUUCAACUUGGCAAUUGAAGCUGCGUAUGCCUGACCGUUUCCCAUUUGACAUCGUUGCCGUCGUAGGUCGUCGUCGCCAUCCUCGUCGACAAUCCAUGAUUACGAAUCAGGUUCGAUUAUACUCACUUGCUUGCCAAGCGUUGGUUGGUUGUUGGGGCCUUUGUAAACGGAUUCGCCUGCUGACUGAGCUCAUAUCCGUCCACACCCAGUCUUACAGCUAAUCGCCAUUGACGGAUGCAGGAUCCACUGCCGCCUCCGCUUCGCUUCCUUAGACAUACAAACAUGUUGAAUAUUUCAAAGCAUUUACCUUCCCUAAUGGUAGCGGUGCGGUGCGGUGGCCUCGGUUGGCAUUGGUCCAUGAAAUCAUCAUCAAAGGGAGCAUGCUAAUUCGAUUAUAAUUAGUGUUAAUUGUCUCCUCCUGCCUAAAUUGGUUCUCGGGCUUUGAUAAGACGGCUUAGAGCGUGCUGCGGUCGCCGCAGUGUUUGACGAGCUAAGUGACAAUCAACAUGCAGCUCAAAGACGAAUGGAUCCAGGAGGACGACGUUUACGACAAUCCGCUGCUCCGGUUGACCAUCAACGGGCUCAAGUACUAUGGGAUUCUGCUGUACAAGAGCCAACCGUUCAAGAAGUUGAACUGCUUCCGGGGCGUUUGCUUCACGGCGUCCAUGUUGGCAUUUAACGUUACGCAGUAUGUUAAUCUGUACCAGGUGUGGGGGGACAUCAGCCAAAUGACGGCCAAUGCCGCGACAACGCUUCUUUUUACGACGACCAUUGUGAGGAUUUUACAUUUCUACUGGAAUCGUGCUAGAUUCAACAACGCCAUAAAAGUCGCGGACGAAGGUGUCCAACAUCUUCUUCGGUUUGGAAACGCUCCGGAGAAGGCGAUUUUCUGGGAUAACGUUCGAUACAUGAAUCGUUUGACCGCUGCCUUUUGGAUUUGUGCUUUGGUGACCGCUAACACCAUGUGUGUUUACUCGUUGGUUCAGUAUCACAGCCUCAAAUCUAUGGAACCAUUCAACUCUACUAAGCCUUUUGACCCGCCCACUAUUCUACGGUCAUGGUAUCCAACGGACAACAUCAUGGAGAGCUUCACCACAAUUUACCUAAUACAGCUGUACAUCAUGUACGUAGGGCAGCUCAUCGUUCCCUGUUGGCAUGUCUUCAUGGUGAGCUUGAUGCUGUAUGCUCGAACUUCGUUAAUGAUUCUGAACUACAAGCUGGCGAACUUGGAAAUGUAUGCAGUAUCGGGAAUGCGAAGUGGACGUAAACUGAAACUUGUCAAAGAUCCGGAAGAGGAACGUUGCAACGAAAGAAAGGAAUUGAUUGUGGAAUGCAUUCAACAGCAGCACAAGAUCUUCGAGUAUACUCGAGAGUUGGAGGCAUUGACACGCGGUGCUAUGUUCAUGGAUUUUGUGGUGUUCUCGGUGUUGCUAUGUGCACUACUGUUCGAAGCAUCAUCGACGGACUCGUUUGUGCAGAUAUUCAUAGACAUUUGCUACAUUAUGACCAUGACCGCUAUACUGUUCCUCUACUACUGGCACGCCAACGAGAUCCACUAUCAUGCCAACCUUCUCUCCAGUUCGGCUUUCAUGAACGACUGGUACAACUAUCCCCGCUCGGUUAACCGCCAUUUGAUCACCUCCAUCUGCUACAGCAACAAGCCGCUUAACAUGAAAGCCUUCAUUGUUUCGAUGUCGCUGGAUACUUUCCUGGCGAUUCUCCGAGCUUCUUACAGCUAUUUCACGAUCCUGAAGCAAGCUGCCGGCUAAUUGGCUUGGAUUCCCACUCGAGGCCGCACUACAUAUACUAAGUGCAAACUGUUUAUUCAUCAACGGAGGACCAACAACAACGAAAACAGCAUCCCACUUCAACGGCACUCCGCCCGGUCCGGAUUGCGAGCGAACUCUGUUACUAAUUCAUUUAAUUAAACAAUAGCACCUGUUUUCGCACAAAGUACCAACCCUCUAUAUCACCAAAGUGGCAGCAGCAGUGGCACUUGUAACCGAAAUGGGUUUCCCCGAAAGGAGUAGAAAGAGAGACAUCACAAUGACACCACCGUCGUCGUCGUCCUAGCCAUUCUGGGGGAUAACUUACCGUUUCGAGGAAAAAUCUGACGGGUGGACGUAGGAUCUAAAAGGCGGCAAGUUCUCUCAACACCCGACAACCAACGCGGCGAUGAAGACGAAGACGGCGACGAGAGCUUUUCAUUAUUUAUAAUUUAUGAAUGCACAGAAAUAGUGCACGUUGUUAGAGUUGGUGUAGCGCAUUCUUCUUUCCACAAUACUACUUUUUUCAUUGGCAUUACCACU